ACAGCACGUCAGCCCCUGGCAUCAAUCUAGUCUAAGAGCGACUUUUAGGAGGGAAGGACUACCGCUGUCGGACUCUUUCUGGGAAAACUUGCUUCUUGCCAGCCUAACCUAUUGUUGUUGUUGGGUGUUUUAUUUUUUUGCGUGUGGAAAUACAAGCUCUUUGCUCGAAACCGCCUGAAAAGAUGCUGCUCCUACUACUGGGAAUCGUCCUCCUGCACGUCGCUGCACUGGUUCUCCUGUUUGUGUCAACAAUUGUCAGCGUAUGGACGACAAAUAACGACGGCACCUCAGACCUCUGGAGGAACUGUUCUGGUCCCAGUGGAGUAAACUGUAACCCGGCAUCAGCUGGAGAGUGGAUCCAGGCAGUCCAGGCCCUCAUGAUCCUUUCCAUCAUCUUCAGCUGCCUGUCGCUCGUCCUCUUCUUCUGCCAGCUCUUCACUCUGCAGAAGGGCGGACGCUUCUUCCUCACCGGAACCUUCCAGAUUCUUGCCAGUUUGUUCGUGAUGAGCGGAGCCAUCAUCUACACGGUGAUGAGUCCAACCUGGGUGCCCGAGACGGACGUCUUUGGCUACUCCUACAUCCUGGCGUGGGUGGCCUUCCCGUUGGCGCUGAUCAGCGGACUCAUCUACGUCAUCUUGAGGAAGCGAGAAUGAGCCGUCGCCUCGCCCCAGCGCUCUCAGUAACCAACCCCCUCCACCCCACCCCACCCCAACCUGCCCAACUGCAAGUGUUAUCAGCCCCCCUCUAAAUUGUAUGCGUACAAGUGGUCAGUGGAGCCACGAGGCCGAGACACCCAGAUCACAGCGAGGGAGGAGUAAUACCAAAAAAAAAAAAUCACAAAAACACCAAUACUGUCUCAGUUAAAAGAUGUAUAUAGUAUCUACGGUUUAAAACCUAUUUAUAACACUUUUUACAUAUAUGUACAUAGUUUUUGUGUUGCUCUGUCAACGGAUACUAUGAGCUUUGUUUCAGCUGAUUAAGUGCCUCAGUCUUUGUUUGUAAUGAUGGAAUAAUUACACACUGUUCUGUUGUGUUUCUUGCCUUUUUUUUUGUUUUUGUUUUUGUUUCCCCAAAGAAUUAGCUUUAAAAAAGAAAAAAAGGAAAAAAAAUGAAGAAGCAUAUUAACCGAUGUGCAUGUAUAGAAACAGAAGUGAAGGUUUUAACGAAGGGCUUGCUUUACGAAAAAGAGUGGCGCCACCCGCGGACGACGUAGCAGCGCAGCCGUUGAAUUGGGUCCUCUGUUCUUGUUUGUUUGUGAAUUUGCAAGUUUUAUGUGUUUUUGUUUUAUUUUAUUUUUUUUUGUUUUUCUGUGUUUUUCUAUUUCUUAUUUUCAACAAGAGAUGGUGCUAUGUAUUUAUCAUUCCUAUUACUGAUAGCAAAAAUUUACAGCGGAGUUACUUUGUGGUCGUUUCAAGUCAAACAGCUUUGCCUUUGAUUAAAGUGAGAAUCAGACAUCAGGCACACUGAGACAAUGCCUGACUGCUUCUUUAGGGAACACAGCCUAUUUAACUUUGCCGUGUCUGAUUUUUAAUUUUUUUUUUUUUUUUUUAAGUUCAUUAGCUACUGUAGACUAAUUAAGGUUGAAGUGGUGCCUUGGUGAAAUCAAAAGUCACUUGGAAUGUCAGUAUUAUUUUUGCUCCACUUGCCUUAAAAAUCUCAUCAUUCUGAUGUGUGUGGGUAAGACUCGAGAAACCAAAUUGCCUUUUUAGUCGAGUACCUUAAAGAAAACAACACUGUGGGGCACUGCAGCCAAAUGAGAUUAAACAACGAAGAAAAAAAAGAAAAAAAAAGAAAUAGCAUUUAACAGUACUAGAAGAAAAUGCCACCAAGUUGAAGCCAUAUAUUAAAACAGCAAAAAAAGGAUAUUUAGUAUUAACUGUAAGUGGGGGGAAAAAAAGGAGAGGUUUGCAGUGAUGAUACAAAUGUCUGUUUCACAUACUUGAAGUUUGACAUGCUGCAGUCUCUGCCCUCUGACGUUGUUUCUCUUCUUCUACUGUAUAAAACACUGUUUAUAUGUUGUGCGUAACGGAUGUUCGUGACUAGCCCAAGAACUCUCGCUGACUAAAUAAAACUACUCACACAUUACGUGAUACCGUGUAUUCCAAUGUUAACAAGGGACUGGAUUCACACUGCCGAUAAAUGGGAAUAGAUAGAUUAAAAAAAAUAAAUAAAUAGAUGCUCGUUCAUACGGCAUGAGAGCAACUGUAAUCCAGCGUCCAACAUGUACUUUUCUGUGCACGGUCCGGCCGAUGCGGCCCGCCUUACUGUAUGUGUUUAUGCUCUGCCAGAUCAAAUGAGCUUCCUUGUGCAUGCGGUUGCAGGAGCUGUGUGCAUGUCGCCCACACUGGGGCAAAGGCCCGGCGCGCCGGUGCCAAUUAUUCAAAACACGCGGCUAGCGUUUCAGUGUCAACACUGUCUCUCGUGGCAUCAGAAAUAAGAGGCGUGCUUCAAAACGCUCGGCUUUGAGAGGCAUCUGUCCUCCGCUUGACGUCCCCCACGAAGACCCUCCCGCCCCCCCUCCCGAAACACGGCGACGUUGUGGUGGACUAAAGUAUUUAAUUCAGAGCUCAAACAAGCUAAUCUGCUGUAGGUUUUUAGCAUGACGCUCAUCUCUGGGUUCAGUUAGAAGAGAGUGCCUCUAAUGACAGCUGCCCUUCCUUUUUGUGAAACGCUACAGCCUUCGAUCGUCUGUUUACAGCUAAAACUUAUGAAUGAUAUUACCACUUGGACUUUAAUCAUUAAAGGAUGUUUCUUACCACCAUGA